GCCAAAUGGGACAUGGUCGGCGGGCGUCAAGCGUGCCGCUUGAAAGUUUUACGACCAGUUGUGGGGGAACGCAUGGCAGCCAUGAGGCUCGCAACCUGAACCACUGUACGACAGAACAAUAACAAGUGCUCAAAGCGGCAGGGUCGGGAGGGCAACCCAAAUAACAGGAGAGGUUCGCUGAUCUUGAAAGGCAGGGCGCCCAGGAGACGCUUGCCGUAAGUGUGGGUGGUUGCCUCCGACCUCCUGCUACUACCAACGCUUCGCUCUUCCCUCCGUAACAUAUUUAUCCCAACUUUUUUGUUCAUUCCUUACGCUGCUUUUACUAUAGCACCCCCCGCUAACUUUUGUCUACGCACUUCGACAUCUUCGUGAACUUCUACAUUCUCUCCUAAUUGUCUCGGGUCAAACCCCUUUUGUCUGGAGCUCGCUUUCCAUUUGCAGCCCUGUAAGGUGGACUUUCUUAACGCCUGUCACACAACGUUCCCCAGAGGACAAAAAAGACAGCAUGUCGGACGUGGUCAUCCGGGUCGAUGACAAUAGUGACAAUGCAUCUUCGUUUGAUGCUAAAAGGCUGUCUGUUGAUCCUCGAUUCGCUCGCAAGGAUUCUCGGACAUCCGCGAUUGCUUCAGGCCCCCCUGUCAAUAUUUGUACUUCUGCCUUCGGUGCAGCAGAUCCCAUUCAGGCCUCCAAAAGAGUGCUUCACCGACACUUUAUUCCACGUCCUUUCCCUCCUCCAGCCCUGGCUAACGUUCCAGUCGAAUAUAUCGUGGACCAGCUCCACAGCUUGGCCUCUAAUUACUGGAGCAAGCCAGAAACCGCUGAUUGUACUAUUAUUGUCCCACUACCUAUGUUAAACCCACCAGGACCUGAGCGGGCCUCCCGACCCUGUAGUAACUCUCCUGAGCCACUCUUCCCAGCACUGUCUACCCAACACGUGUCAGGUCGACAAACAUCUACCUCGACGCCUCGACCUGCUCCCCGUAUGGUUAUGAAGCUGCACAUGGAUUAUUUAUCUGCGCAGUCUAAACUCUUCCGUGGCAUAUUCAGUGGCGUUUAUCCACCUGAGCUGUGUAUGCAGACGCCAUCUGGCUGUUGUACACCAACUCCUUCAACAUCCCAAGCGUCACACAAUCAUCCCUCCGCUUUUCGUUCGCGUCCGUUCAACGACCUUCCCCGUCUUCUUCCAUCACCACCGAGUCAACCCGUAUUGUUUCUGCCUGUUCCGGAUCCAUCCUCCCUCCGCAUUCUCAUUCACUACAUAUACUUCGGCUCUACUGUCUACCUGGAGGAUGCUCUGGAUCGCGGAGAGAUCAACUGGGAAGGUCUCGCACGCAAUGUGGAAUACCUCGGUAUGGGUGUGGAGAUCAAAGUUUUCCUUGGCCGUUGGUAUGGACGUUGGAAACGUGGUCGUGGCGAGUCAUAUGACGAUGACGAGGAUUAUGACAGUGAGGACAGCUACGAUAGUGAAGACGAAGAUCUGGAAUAUUUUGAAAAGUGUUCUUCAGCCACCAGCGUGUCUAUAAGCUUCGAAGACGAGAUGGAGCUUGAGCAAGACUUGAAGAACACUAGCCUUAAUUUCGAACCUGCCAGAGGACGAAACCGAGUUUCUCGUCGUCUCGGCCAUGCCACUUCUGACCCCACACUUCAGGCUUCAGCCCCACAACAUCAAGCCUUCUUUGUUCCUCCAUCUCCCAGAGGUCGCAGCGAGUAAUCCUCGACGACCUCAAUAUUUUUGUACCAUCUGUACAAUCCUUCGACAUUGUAACCCUCCCAAUCGCCACUUCGGAUCGGUCUAUCUAGAUAUCCGUCAUUCGCAUUGGGCAUAUUCUACUAGCCUUAAUCUGGCAGACGUUUUCACCUACAUCUUCGUCAGUACCAGGUUGCGUUCAUAGUAACGACGUCUACUUACCAUCGCUGCCCUCAGGACCUUCUCCACCUUCGUCUGGCUGCUUCAAGUUCAACUGUACUAUCCGCUACUUGCUCUAACUCGCAUUUUCCCGAGCCCGACAAGCCACUAACGCUCUCUAUACAUCUCGUCCAUUUACAUCUCACCUCUGACACGGACAGCCCUCUCUUUUGAUAUUCACUAUUGUGAGACCGCGGGAAGACGUUGCAGUAUACUGUCCGGAAUACACAUGGAUAUCAUUGUAUCCUUCUGAUCGAGGCAUGGUAGUACUCUGUCAUUUGGUAAUCCGUACCGUAUAUCUUCUCACAGCUUAGGUAUCGAGCAAGAUAAUAAGAGAUUUCCAUCGUGUUCGCUGUGACGACCUGACCGAUGGUUCUCGUGAGACGUUUUGGAUAGCUUGUGUCAAAUGCUGACUUGCUGUCAACGUUUUGAGGUCAAACAUCAGUCGACUCGGCAGCCCUUCUGAGAGUAUGGCUGUUCCCAUACUGCAUACUUGCUGACCGAGAAGACAACAGAAAUAGGCGAAGAAUACUUGUUAAUACUCCUACAUAUUGUGACGUGAGAUGAAAUGCAAAUGAACCAACAAUUAAAGCCUGC